ACCGCAGGGGAGCAUGGCUGCGUCAAAAGUUUUGCCGCGAUCGCGCAAUCUUUGUUUACAUGCGCUCUAAAACUUAGUGUAAACACCGAUACGUGAUUUAUAACAUUGACUUUUAAGUGAUAAGAAGUUGAGAACUAUACUUCUGAGUGAUAUUGAGUUUCAAAUGAACUGUUUUACUGUGAAAAAAUGACUGAAAACUUAUAUGGAAUGAUUUCGUUAAAAGUUUGGAUGUGUUUGGUUUUGGUGGCCGGUGCGCGCGCACGUUCCGCGCCGCCCGCCCCUAGUGGCUGUCAAUGGGACUAUUCGGACGCAAAGUUGAGUGAAUCAAACUUUCUCACGUGUAAUAUCAAAACCAUCGGAUCAGCUGAUAUGUUAUUUAAAAACAUAACGACGGCGCAAGCAUACAACAUUAAUAAAUUGAAACUUACUUGCACGGAUUUAUUGUUUUUCGAAAGUUCACUGCAUAUGAAUACGGGAAGCUUUUUGGGACAGUUACGCAAACUUGAAGACUUGCGUAUUGAGUAUUGUAAGAUACGUUACGUACCAGCAACAGUAUUAUCGCCUCUUCGUGACUUAACUAGCCUCACUCUACGCUCAUACAACACGGAUUGGCCAGCAAUGACAAUGGAAUUUCACGCUGAGAGUUUUCGGGGAUUAAUGGAGCUGCGAUCACUUGAUUUAGGUGACAAUAAUAUUUACAUGUUACCAUCUGAAGUAUUCUGUCCGCUUUUCAGUUUAGAGUCCUUGAACUUAACAAACAAUAAAAUACAAGAUAUUUCUGAAAUCGGGUUUUCCGACUGGGGCAAAGGACCUAUCGCUCCCGGCAAAUCAUGCAAUACGGGUUUGAAACAGUUAGAUUUAUCACAUAAUAAUGUAUUAAGGCUACCCGAUAAUGGACUCUCAAGCCUUAGAUCGUUGGAAGUAUUGAAAAUUCAGAACAACUUGAUUAAUGAAAUCGGCGACAGAGCUUUCGUGGGGUUGAAUUCAUUAAAAAUUCUGAACUUAUCCGGAAACAAGUUAGUCGCCGUUCCUCCGGAACUAUUCCAGUCGUCACGCGUUAUAAAAGAAAUCUCAUUAGCAAAUAAUUCACUUUCCGUGCUGGCGCCGGGCUUGUUGGAAGGACUUGAUCAACUUGAGAAAUUGGAUUUAUCUAGAAAUCGAUUAACUAACGAUUGGGUAAAUAGAGACACCUUCGCCGGACUUAUAAGAUUGGUUAUAUUGAAUUUGUCAUAUAACUCUUUGGUGCGAAUAGAUCCUAAAACAUUUCAGGACCUUAAUAACUUGCAGGUCUUAAACUUGGAUAAUAACGCUAUUGAAGUGAUAAGCAAUGGUGCUUUUGCUGAACUUAAGAAUCUUCAUCAAUUGUCAAUGUCGGACAAUAAGAUAAAAACAUUAAACGAACAUAUUUUUUCUAAUCUAUUUGUUCUUAGCCAGCUAUACUUAGAUAAUAAUGAAAUAUCUAUUAUCCAUGAACGAUCAUUUGAAAAUAUUACAUAUUUACAAGAUUUAGGGUUAAAUGGAAAUCAUUUGAAUUAUGUACCAGAUGGCAUUAGAAAGCUACGCUUUUUGAAAUCACUUGACAUCGGUAAGAACAACAUUACAAAGAUAUCAAACACAUCUUUUGAGGGAUUAGAAGAAUUAUACGGCUUACGACUUGUCGACAACCAUAUAACGAGCAUACCAAAAGACACUUUUAGCACUUUACCAUCAUUACAAGUUCUAAAUUUGGCAUCUAAUAAGAUUGAAACUAUAGAACAAGACGCAUUUCUUUCAAAUCCAACGUUGAAAGCUAUUCGUCUCGACGGAAAUAAACUAACAGAUAUACGAGGUGUUUUUAACAAACUAAGCACUCUGGGCUGGCUCAACAUAUCUGACAACAAACUUAUUUAUUUCGAUUACAGCUACAUGCCUGAGGCCUUGGAGUGGCUAGAUAUUCAUCAGAAUAAUAUAAGUAAAUUAGAAAAUGAGAAAAACGUUCCACAAAAUAUUAGAAUGCUCGACGUGAGUUUUAAUUCUUUAGAAGACGUCGAUGAGAAAUCGGUUCCCGAUUCUAUUGAGGUACUUUUUUUGAAUAACAACAAAAUUCAUACUAUACAGCCAGGUACAUUCUUACAAAAAAGGAACCUUGAAAAAGUUAUUAUGACGGACAAUAAAUUGAGAACCGUUGAACUAUCUGCAUUCACAUUGCCUCACAUCCCAAAGCAUAAGUUUUUACCCAAAUUUUUCAUUGCAAAUAAUCCAUUUGUAUGUAACUGUCAUAUGAUUUGGCUACAAAAAAUCAACCUAUGGAACCAUAUGAGACAGUAUCCCCGCUUUGUAGAUUUAGAUUCAGUUACAUGUGAAGUUGUAAAUAAUAAAUAUGGAGGAAAAGCAAACUUAAUGGAUGUUCCUGAAACGCAGUUCCUUUGUUCUUAUGAAACUCAUUGUUCAUCAAGCUGUUUUUGUUGUGAAUUUGAAGCCUGCGACUGCAAAAUGACAUGCCCUGAGGGAUGUUCCUGUUUUCAUGAUAGCAAUUGGAACUCUAAUGUAAUUGACUGUUCUAACGUUGGCUACACAGACAUUCCAGAGAAAAUACCUAUGGAUGCCACUGAACUUUACUUAGAUGGUAAUGACUUUGGCUCAUUGAAUAGCCAUCUAUUUAUAGGCAAGAAAAAGCUUCAUAAGUUAUAUUUAAAUAAUAGUAAUAUAGCUUCUAUCGAUAACGACACUUUUAAUGGCCUACACUCUCUCAAUAUUUUACAUCUGGAAAAUAAUCAUAUAACGGAAAUAGCCGGCGGCGAGUUUUCCCAAACAAAGCACUUGAGGGAGUUAUACUUAAACGAUAACCUCUUAACUAGUGUGGCGAAUAAGUCGUUUGAAAAUUUAUCUUCUCUCCGGAUCAUAAACUUACAAGGAAACAAGAUAUUGAAUCUCGACAAGAAGUUGGCUCAUAUUGUACAUUUAGAAAGUGUUCGCGUAAAAGGUAACUUAUUUACCUGUACGUGUGAAAAUGUAUUACCAUUAGUGAACUGGUUAAAAAAAUUCUAUGAGGAUCCCUCGGAUAUGUUUUGUGCAAGUGAAAAUGAAAUCAGUGCUAACCUAACUGUGUUUGAUGUGAUGGACAAGUGUCGUGACUCUAAUGUAAUGGACAAUACUAUACCUACUGAAAACCAACCAUUUCAGUAUGAUGAAGUGAGCACAAUUAAAUUAAACUUUGUGCCGCUUUUAGCUGUAGUCCUUAUAAGUGUAAUCCUUAUUUUAUUGUUUGGUGCCUUAGCAUUCUCAUUUAGACAAAACGUGCGUUUAUGGGCGCAUUCUAAAUAUGGUGUUCGGUUAUUUAAAAGUGCAUCUAUACAGGAGAGCGAGCUCGAUAGGGACAGGAUGUACGAUGGUUACGCGGUUUAUAGUUUGUUAGAUGAUGACUUUGUAACGAAAGUAGUUGCGCCAGAGUUGGAGCACUGUGGAUACACCAUGUGCUUUCACUAUAGAGACUUACAAAAUGCCCCUGAAAAUUAUUUGUUAGAUCAAAUCACAAAUGCAGCUGAAUCAUCAAAAAGAAUAUUAGUUUUCAUUUCGUUUAAUUUCUUACAGAACGAAUGGUCAAAGACUUCAUUCAAAGCCGCUCUUAAACAUGUAAUAACUUCAAUUCACCCUUCCAUUAGGAGACAUAGAGUCGUUUUUAUUUUGACCACUGAUAUUAGUGCACUCAAUUUAGAUCUGGAAUUCCAAAAUUAUUUAAAAACCUGUAAUGUAUUAUUCUGGGGUGAGAAAAAGUUUUGGGAGAAAGUAAGGUUUUUAAUGCCCGACGGUUCAAAUUUGCACUGGAAUAAAGAUAACAUCAAUUACGCACACGGCGUUUGUCCAAAUGCUAGGCGACACCCGUCCAGAUACACAGCGUCACCCACUGCGCCGGAGCAUUGGUACAAGUAUGACGCGCUUCCUCCCCAAACUCCCACUGUAGCUAACGUAGGCAUCAGCAUUGAGGAUGACACCUCAAUGCUGACAAAUACGACAUUAACAAGCCAGAUACAAGAUGUGGAUAAUCCACACCACAGUUACAUAUCCAUUGACACACAAAAUUACGAACAGCCAUAUGGCGGCCGGCCGAGGCCACCUAAUACGUUACGUAAGCAUCCCAACCAUCACUCGCCCUCCAUGCUCGACGAGCAAGGCUACUUACAACCCCGUUCUUCAGUACAUGAUUGCUUACCUCAAACCCAUCCGAGCGUACACAGAUAACAUGUUUUAAAACUCCUCUUGUUAUCUAUUAGAUAUUUCUUAAUGGGUCGCUACAUUCCAAGCAUGUGUGUAUACUAAGUUGCCUCGUAAUCUGGCAAUGCCUUAUUGAGACGUGAUUAUUGCCGGCCAAAUAAUUGUAUGAGUAACGUUCCUUGUAAUUAUUUAUAAAUUAUAAUGUAAUAUUUAAAGAGACUGUUGUUGAUUUGUAUCGCAUACGUAUCUUAAUAGAUCGACGCCUUAUAUUCCAAUAAUUAUCUAGCUGUAGGUACUUGCGAUUGUGAAACUAAAUAGUACUAAACAAUGUUAUAAAUUAUAUUAUAUGAUAUCUUUUAAGACUGAUCUGUAUUGUAAUAUAGGUUAUGAAUUGCCAGUAUAAAAUGUGACUUAAGUAUUUUGCUAUAGAUAUUAUAUCUCAUUGUUACCAAAUAUAUUGUAAAUAAUUGUAAUUAUUAAUGUAUAAAGAAUAUUGAUGUCUGUAUAGUUAUACUAGUCAUUAGAUAGGAGUUGAUGUUGAUACUAAUUACUGUAGAUCGUUUCAUGGUCACAUAAUCAAUAGUAGUCAGAGCCGACUUGUUAAAUUAUUGCUUUUGUUUUAUCAGUUAUUUAUGUACAGGACUAUAGUAGCACUUUGUUUAAUAUUGACUUAUGUAUUAUUGCUUAUGUGGUCAAUUGUUUACAAUAAAUUACGUGUAAAUUGUCAAACGUUAAACUCGCAAGUGAAAUUUUAAAAUAAAAAUAUUAUGAAU